AUGGCUGACCAGAAAAGUUUCACUCCCUCACAGGUCGCCCGUCACAAAUCGAAAAAAGAUUGCUGGUUUGUCAUUAACGGCAGAGUACUCGACGUGACAAAGUUCUUGGAAGAGCACCCAGCAGGAGAAGAGGUGCUUAUAGAGGCUGCAGGAAAGGAUGCGACGAAGGAAUUCAAUAACGUUGGACACAGCAAGGAAGCCCACAACUUGCUUCUGAAGUACCAGGUUGGUGUUCUUCAGAAUUAUGCUUUCAAUGAAGCAGACAAGAAUGCUUCAUUCGUGGAAUCGGUGCACAAAGAAAUGAGUGCUUUUGUGAUCAAGGAUGAUAAAAUGCCCAAGUAUUCAACUUUUCUUGAGUUCGUCCUGCCAUUAGUGUUUGCUGGUUUCUACUUCAGUUACAGAUAUCUUUAA